AGAGUUGUGUAAGGAUUAAUCAGAUUUAAAUACAGUUUAUAUUAUUGCCAACAUAGACUUUUGUUUUUCAAAUGUCACAAAUAUCUUUUAUUAUUUGUGGAUUUAUUCCUUUUAUGAAGUAGUCAAAUGAAUCAGCUCACCCUUGACUGUAACAAAAUACUGCUUGGUGACUUGUGACAGACAGGGUUUUAACCUCUGACAGCGAGAUUCAUUGUGGAGCAAGAGCCAAUCAUAGAUCCUGACGACACUUGUCUCAUCUAAGUUGGAAUAUAAAAAGCCACUUGGAAUACAGUAUAAAAGAGUCACUGGUGUGGCAAGUUGUCUCUCAGACUGUACAUGCAUUAAAAUUUUGCUCGGCAUUACUCAAAAGCAAAAGAAAAGUAAAAGGAAGAAUUAAGAACAAGAAAAAAAGAUUAUAUUGAUUUUAAAAUCAUGCAAAAACUGCAACUCUGUGUUUAUAUUUACCUGUUUAUGCUGAUUGUUGCUGGUCCAGUGGAUCUAAAUGAGAACAGUGAGCAAAAAGAAAAUGUGGAAAAAGAGGGGCUGUGUAAUGCAUGUACUUGGAGACAAAACACUAAAUCUUCAAGAAUAGAAGCCAUUAAAAUACAAAUCCUCAGUAAACUUCGUCUGGAAACAGCUCCUAACAUCAGCAAAGAUGCUAUAAGACAACUUUUACCCAAAGCUCCUCCACUCCGGGAACUGAUUGAUCAGUAUGAUGUCCAGAGGGAUGACAGCAGCGAUGGCUCUUUGGAAGAUGACGAUUAUCACGCUACAACGGAAACAAUCAUUACCAUGCCUACAGAGUCUGAUUUUUUAAUGCAAGUGGAUGGAAAACCCAAAUGUUGCUUCUUUAAAUUUAGCUCUAAAAUACAAUACAAUAAAGUGGUAAAGGCCCAACUAUGGAUAUAUUUGAGACCCGUUGAGACUCCUACAACAGUGUUUGUGCAAAUCCUGAGACUCAUCAAACCUAUGAAAGACGGUACAAGGUAUACUGGAAUCCGAUCUCUGAAACUUGACAUGAACCCAGGCACUGGUAUUUGGCAGAGCAUUGAUGUGAAGACAGUGUUGCAAAAUUGGCUCAAACAACCUGAAUCCAACUUAGGCAUUGAAAUAAAAGCUUUAGAUGAGAAUGGUCAUGAUCUUGCUGUAACCUUCCCAGGACCAGGAGAAGAUGGGCUGAAUCCCUUUUUAGAGGUCAAGGUAACAGACACACCAAAAAGAUCCAGAAGGGAUUUUGGUCUUGACUGUGAUGAGCACUCAACAGAAUCGCGAUGCUGUCGUUACCCUCUAACUGUAGAUUUUGAAGCUUUUGGAUGGGAUUGGAUUAUCGCUCCUAAAAGAUAUAAGGCCAAUUACUGCUCUGGAGAGUGUGAAUUUGUAUUUUUACAAAAAUAUCCUCAUACUCAUCUGGUACACCAAGCAAACCCCAGAGGUUCCGCAGGCCCUUGCUGUACUCCCACAAAGAUGUCUCCAAUUAAUAUGCUAUAUUUUAAUGGCAAAGAACAAAUAAUAUAUGGGAAAAUUCCAGCCAUGGUAGUAGACCGCUGCGGGUGCUCAUGAGAUUUAUAUUAAGUGUUCAUAACUUCCUAAAACAUGGAAGGUUUUCCCCUCAACAAUUUUGAAGCUGUGAAAUUAAGUACCACAGGCUAAAGGCCUAGAGUAUCCUACAGUCACUUAAGCAUAAGCUACAGUAUGUAAACUAAAAGGGGGAAUAUAUGCAAUGGUUGGCAUUUAACCAUCCAAACAAAUCAUACAAUAAAGUUUUAUGAUUUCCAGAGUUUUUGAGCUAGAAGGAGAUCAAAUUACAUUUAUGUUCCUGUAUAUUACAACAUCGGCGAGGAAAUGAAGGCAAUUCUCCUUGCAUUCUGAUGAAUUAAAGGAGUAUGCUUUAAAGUCUAUUUCUUUACAGUUUUGUUUAAUAUUUACAGAAAAAAUCUACAUACAGUAUUGGUAAAAUGCAGGAUUGUUAUAUACCAUCAUUCGACUCAUCCUUAAACACUUGAAUUUAUAUUGUAUGGUAGCAUACUUGGUAAGAUAAAAUUCCACAAAAAUAGGGAUGGUGCAGCGUAUGCAAUUUCCAUUCCUAUUGUAAUUGACACAGUACAUUAACAAUCCAUGCCAAUGGUGCUAAUACAAUAGGCUGAAUGUCUGAGGCUACCAGGUUUAUCACAUAAAAAACAUUCAGUAAGAUAGUAAGUUUCUCUUUUCUUCAGGUGCAUUUUCCUAUACCUCCAAAUGAGGAAUGGAUUUUCUUUAACGUAAGAAGAAUCAUUUUUCUAGAGGUUGGCUUUCAAUUCUGUAGCAUACUUGGAGAAACUGCGUUAUCUUAAAAGGCAGUGAAAUAGUAUUCGUUUUUAUCAAAAUGUCAAAAUAACAUACUCGGAGAAGUAUGUAAUUUUGUCUUUGGAAAAUUACAACACUGCCUUUGCAACACUGCAGUUUUUAUGGUAAAAUAAUAGAAAUGAUCGACUCUAUCAAUAUUGUAUAAAAAGACUGAAACAAUGCAUUUAUAUAAUAUGUAUACAAUAUUGUUUUGUAAAUAAGUGUCUCCUUUUUUAUUUACUUUGGUAUAUUUUUACACUAAGGACAUUUCAAAUUAAGUACAAAGGCACAAAGACAUGUCAUGCAUCACAGAAAAGCAACUACUUAUAUUUCAGAGCAAAUUAGCAGAUUAAAUAGUGGUCUUAAAACUCCAUAUGUUAAUAAUUAGAUGGUUAUAUUACAAACAUUUUAUAUUUUUUUACAUGAUUAACAUUCACUUAUGGAUUCAUGAUGGCUGUAUAAUGUGAAUUUGAAAUUACAUUGGUUUACUGUCAUUGUGUUUAAAUCUCAACGUUCCAUUAUUUUAAUACUUGCAAAAAUAUUACUAAGCAUACCAAAAUAAUUGACUCUAUUAUCUGAAAUGAAGAAUAAACUGAUGCUAUCUCAACAA